GUACCUUGGACUAGAUUCAAACUUGGACGACGUCGACCCUUGUCGUCCUUCGACCAAUCUCAAUUAAUAGUUUAGCUAGUUGACUUUGUCGUCGUCGUCGUUAUUGUCGUCGUCGUCUUCGUCGUACUCGUCGAGCUCGUCGUCCUCCUCGUCAUCGUUCUACUCUUCAUAUAUCUUUGAUCGUCAUGAACGUUCGACCUGGUGACAUGCUUCGGCCACAGAGCAUGGCACAACUCUCCAUGAAUCCCUCUCCUCAUUUUCAACAACAACCUCCACAGCAGCAGCAGCCUCCUCCAAAUCACGUCCCGUCGCUCAUGCCACAUAACCCAAUGAACUUACUAGCAGCCGGCGGUCCACAAUCCCAAAACAGCAUGGACUUCCGUCGUCGUCAGCAGUUACACCAGAUACAGCAGCAGCAGCAACAACAACAUCAACAGCAGCAGCAGCAACAGCAGCAGCAGCAGCAGCAGCAGGCACAGAAUGUUCAGAUGAGCACCGCAGCAGUAGCUUCACAAGCUAAUUCUCAUAUGAAUUCUAUCCCUCAACACCUCGCUUUUUCGGGUAACAUGAUGUCUCAGGCUGGAAGCAAUCUUGGACAGGUCGGAAGAGUCGCCUCUCAUCCACAGGCGCUCAAUCACGUCAAUCACGUCCAAGCAAUACAUCCCGGUCAACCAAAUAUGCCUGGCAUACCUCCCAUGAAUCCACAAAAUAAUAUCCCUUCUCAUUUACGUCAACCAUCCGCUCAACCAAUGCUGUCUCGUAUCCCUAGCUCAAUUCCUACCUCAAUGUCACCAGAUUUGUCUAGUACACUAAAUCGCUCUCAAGGUCAAAAUCCAAUGCGAACUCAACCAUCCCAACCCCAGUUGAUGAACAGUCUAUCACAACCAACUCUUUCUCAAGCCGGAACCUCCACAACGAUGCCACCAAAUGGUUUCCCAUCCCACUCGCAUCAUCCAAUCACUUCUUCUUCCCCUCGUCCUACAGGUCCUCUCCAAGGUCAUGCCUCCAAUAUGAUCAUGGGUACACCUGGUCCUUCACAACCCCCCGGUGCUCGUCCAAUGAACCCCGGUGAUGGAGUAUUCAUGGGUAUUCAGAAUCCCCAGUUCAACCCUGGCUUUACCCCAGGAGGUAAUCGAAUAUCGUCCUCCAACCCUUCCUUCACUACUUUUGUGCCUUCAUCCACCCAGGGUGACAUGGACAUGCAGCAGAACAUCUCAGAUGGCAUGUCUAAUCCAGGCAGUCGUCCUGGAUUCCUCACACCUGCCCAGCAGUUUGAGCAUAUGCAGCACACUGAUAACAGUUUUGGCGGUAAUUUCAACAUGCCGACCCAAGUAAACGUCCCCCCUCGUCCUCCAUCUCACCCCACGUCCGGUAUACAUCCUUCCAUAACACCUCGACAACCACCACCUCCCCAUCAACACUCUCCACAUCAGCCUGAUCCUAUGGCAGGUCAUGUACAACAACAACAACCUCCAAGACCCCAGUCUCAACCACAGGGUCCCUCUGUUAGACCACCAUCACAAGCUGGACCGUCGCAAACACCCCGGGCUUCGCAUACCCAGCUUCCGCCUUCAUCGUCUAGCGGUCUCCUUCCUCCUACACGUAUACCCCCCGUUACACAAGCACAGACGUCACCGCAUCAACAACGGCAGGCAACUCCAGGGCAGCAGCCAAUAGCUCCACGGCCGCCACAGUCUUCGACGAGCGCUGCUGCUGCACCUCCUGUUACGACCGCGCCGUCCUCGGAGCCGGCGGUCCCGCCUCCCAUUCGCACCUCCCCUGUGUAAGUGUUAUUUAGAUGGCUUAUCUUGGCUCUACUUAUAUUUUCCCAAAGGGUGGCCAUGCCCGUUGGUCUUGGACAGGGUCUUGUUCGAUUGCUUCAAUUUAGCGGAGUCCUUUCAGCCGAAAACCCCACUGUACGUCAUUUCAUAUUAAUAUCAUCCCUCAAUCAUGAAUCCUCGGUAGAAACAUCAGUUAUCACACUGGGAA